CUCUGGAAUAAACUAUUCUACCCUGCGCCGCCGCCGUCAAAGUCCGCAGCCUUCUCUGUAGAUCGCCGAGCGGAAGCUUCGGCAGUGCUGCUCCAUCCGCAGGCUUGCAGGAGGCCGAAGCCAGGCUCGCGCCGGAACCAUGUUUCGCAACCAGUAUGACAAUGAUGUCACUGUUUGGAGCCCUCAGGGCAGAAUUCAUCAAAUUGAAUAUGCAAUGGAAGCUGUCAAACAAGGUUCAGCCACAGUUGGUCUGAAAUCAAAAACUCAUGCAGUGUUGGUUGCCUUGAAGAGAGCACAGUCAGAACUUGCAGCUCAUCAGAAAAAAAUUCUCCAUGUUGAUAACCAUAUUGGUAUCUCAAUUGCGGGACUUACUGCAGAUGCUCGACUGUUAUGUAAUUUUAUGCGCCAGGAGUGUUUGGAUUCCAGAUUUGUAUUUGACAGACCUCUUCCUGUGUCUCGUCUUGUAUCUCUAAUUGGAAGCAAAACCCAGAUACCAACCCAGCGAUACGGCCGGAGACCAUAUGGUGUUGGGCUGCUCAUUGCUGGUUAUGAUGAUAUGGGCCCUCACAUUUUCCAAACUUGUCCAUCUGCUAACUAUUUUGACUGCAGAGCUAUGUCCAUUGGAGCCCGAUCUCAAUCAGCUCGUACUUACUUGGAGAGACAUAUGUCAGAGUUUAUGGAGUGCAAUUUGAAUGAACUGGUUAAGCAUGGUCUGCGUGCCUUACGGGAAACCCUUCCUGCAGAACAGGACCUAACUACAAAGAAUGUUUCCAUUGGAAUUGUUGGUAAAGACUUGGAGUUUACGAUUUAUGAUGAUGAUGAUGUGUCUCCAUUCCUGGAAGGUCUGGAAGAAAGACCGCAGAGAAAGGCACAGCCUACUCAACCUGCUGAUGAACCUGCAGAAAAGGCUGAUGAACCAAUGGAACAUUAAACAACAAACCAGUCUAUAUAUGUAUUGUCACACAUGUAAGAAUGCAGGAGCACAUACUGAUGACAAUAAUUUAUACUUUGAACCCAAAGAUGCAGAAUGGUGGGAUAGAAUGGUAUGUUUUAGGAAUCAGUUCAGAUGUGAGUUUUUCCUAAGCUGCCACCAAAACCAUAUAAUUGGGUUCAUUUUUCUUUAAGAUGGUCUCUAUAAUCAUUUUCUAGAAAGUAUAGUUCUCUCUACUAAUGUUUUUAUAUGAAGAACAUAGUGUCUUUGUGGUUUUAAAAACAACUGUGAAAUAAAAUUGUUUCACCUGCUGA